CGCUACUUCUGUAAAUGUUAUUUAAAUUAUGGAUUAAACAAAACCCACGGUAAAAGUUAUCCUUAAAAUUUAAGAAUGCAUUUAUUAAAUAUUUAAUUUAAAAAAAACAGUAAAAUUUUUCUAAAAAUAAAAUAAAUUUGGCAUAAAAUAUAAUUUAAAAAAAUAAAUAAAUAAAUUUAAUUUUUGUCGUUUUAUUGACAUCCAGUAGGGGGCGUUAUCACUAGUGAUGACACCGACGGUCAUGUGGAGAGGGAAGUUCUGUACUUUUGAUUUAUGUUUAAUUGUAAAACGUUGUUAAAGUUACUUUUACACUCGGUGAAUAUUGUUAAUGUAAGGUAAUAGACGUUGCCGCAAGACAAAUCUAUAAUGGAAGAAGAGCGGAAAAUGGAAUUAAGUAAACAAGAUUCGUGCAACUCGGUCACGGAUUGUCCCGAUUUCGUUCAAGAAAUUAAUGAAAAUCACGUGAAAAAUGAAAAUGAAACGGUUAUAGAUCAUUACAAGAAAGAGAGAAAGAAAGCAGCGAUUGCUAAAGCAUUGAAACAAGAUGAUUUUCAAGCCUUAAAAAUGGCCGCUGUAGGAAAAUGGGGAUUGAUCGACGAUGAUUUAAGAAGAAAAUGUUGGCCUAAAUUAUUAGGUGUUAGUCUUUACGAAACUUCUCCCAAACCCACUCAGGAAGAGACAGAAAGUCAUCCUUAUUAUAAUCAAGUUGUCAUGGAUGUGAAUCGUUCCCUCAAGAGAUUUCCACCCAGUAUAGCCGAAAACCAACGUUUAGCGAUGCAAGACAAACUAGUUGCCCUCAUCAUGAGAAUUUUGGUAAAGCACCCCGAGUUGCACUAUUACCAGGGAUAUCACGACAUCUGUGUGACGUUCCUGCUGGUGCUGGGCGAGGAAGUGUCCUUUAUUCUCCUGGAACGACUGUCUGUCGGUCAUUCUGGAACUUCUGCCGUAGAAAGUCGUCCCGGAGGUCACCUCCGGGCUUUUAUGGACGAAACGAUGGACAACACCACGCAGAUUCUGGGCUACGUAUAUGUUCUCGUCAGAAAAGAAAAUCCUCAACUUAGAAAAUUUUUAGAAGAUUCCGAAGUGGGAGUGAUGUUUGGAUUGAGUUGGUUAAUCACAUGGUUUGGACACGUGUUGAACAGAUAUGACGAAGUGGUACGGUUGUUUGAUCUAUUUCUUUGUAGUCAUUCUUGGAUGCCGAUGUACCUAACCGCCGCCAUUGUUCUAUACAGAAAAAAUGAGAUUUUGAAACAAGAAUGCGACAUGGCAUCCGUGCACUGCUUACUUUCGCAGUUUCCGGACGACCUACCCAUAGAAAGUCUAGUCGACGAGUCACUUCGACUGUUUGAAAAUUAUCCUCCCGAGGAAUUGGUGAAGGACGACGACGACGUGAAACAAUUAAAAUGCAUGUUAGACAUGACGGAAAGGAGGAAGAGGUCUCUUGGUCGCAGAGCAUACGAAAAGGGUCCUAUUGGAAAAGUUUUUAGGGCCUACAAUAUCCUGAAAACAGUGCUGCCAGAUUCAAAUUGGACUCUGUCUGUGGUAGUGGCCACUGCAGUAUUUUUCUGUGCUGCGAUAUAUCAAGCAUACAGAAACUAAAUGUGUCUAAGGAAGUGUGAUCCCAUAAACACAGAGCCCGACCCACCAGGCCAUUUAGACACAGCCUAAAUCUUAUCAAAUUUAAAUUCAAGUCAAUGUUUUAUAUUCUGAGACAAAAAUUACACCUAAUAUAAUUUUCACAAUUUAUGCUACAACUGUUUUUCAAACUUAAUGGGUUUAUAGAAUUGUGUCAAACGAGGCAAUACAAGUUUCAGAGUAUAAUUUAAAUUUAAGAAUGUUACCCGUUGCCAUUUCCCGGUAACAACAUAAGCCAAAGGUUGUGAAGUAUUAAUUAAUAUAUAUAUGCUGUUUUGUAAAUGUGAUCUUCUUAAGCUAAAGAAACUAAUUUAUCAAAUUAUUUUUAUUAAAAAUUAAAGCUAUCCGAGGAAUUUCUAUUAAAUUAAGACCGUUUGUCAAUAUAGUUGCUGUUUUAAAGUCAAUUUUAAUUAUAUAAAAAUUUAAUCCAAAAAAGCUGUAUAUUUGUAUCCGAAGCAAGAUUGUUCUAUAUAUAAA